GAAGAAGAAGACGGUCGCGAACAACUCGUGGUGGCAAUGGCAGCAACCGAUCAUUCUGUUUUACGAGGGGCAUUUUUCGAGCCCCGUAGGCCAGAGGACAAUGUUAGGCUGAACCUAGCUAAAUGGAUAAACAAUGUUGCACAACGCAACACUACUGCGGUGAAACCAAUACCAUCCAUCGCAAUUGUGGCACCGGAUGAGCAAGAAACCAGUGCUAUUGCAGCUGAAGCAUCGGCUUUAUGGGAAGAACAUCAUGGCACCCGCAGUGUCGCCUUGAUCGACAUACCCGCAGUGCACUUUUAUUCUGAUUUUCUAGAAGCCGAGGACAUUGUCUACUACAUCCUGCGGGAGCUGCAGUCUGUCGAACUCCAACACCAACUACAGAAAGGUCAAGUCAUGGGAGAGGAAAAACUGGAUACUUACGAAAUAAAAAGUGCCAUUAGAUCAGGAAAACAGAAGUUGCUUAUUGAAAUUACUGAAAAAAUUGAAGGAAUGAAUAAUUCCGACAAGAUUUCAAAAAUCAAGAAAACUAUUGAACAAAUGAAAGAAGGCCAGCUGCAGCUCAACCAAAUGAAUGAAUACCAGCUGGGCCUGCUGGAGUCUGUUAAAGAUGAACCCUUAGGCGUACUCCUCCAAGCCUUGUGGCAGCUCAAUCCCAUGGAAGCUAAUGGUGCGCCUGCUACCAAGCAAAGCCAAGAAAAUAAGAAAGCCACACGUUCAGAAAAGAAGGAACCCACACGUUCAGAGAGGAAGAAGGCCACACAUACACACGAUGAUAUCAUCAAGGAAACAGCCAAGAAGCUUAAAGGUCAUAUGGAAAAAGAUGCAGAUGAAAAAUCGAGGCCUAAAGAGCACAUGGAAGAAGAUGACAAACUAAGGCCUAAAGAGCAUAUGGAAGAAGAGGAAAAACUGAAGCCUGAAGAGGACAUGGAAGAACAAGCAUCCCCAAAGCAAAUUCGUCUCGAGGAAGGCCAUUAUGCAGACAUUCUACUGGAGGUGUUCCCUCGGCCGGUGAACCGGGAGCAAGACUCAAAGCAAGCCACCCCAACAGGCACUAGUAUAUUGGUUGAGGAGCCAUUCAAAGAAAUAAUCCGCAAAAUAAUGCAGGAGGUGCAGGAAGACAACUCCAUCAGCAAACUAGAUAUAUCUGAUGGUAAACAAAGCCAGGAUUGUAUCCCGGAUUUUCUUAUUGAAGAAACCAUACAGAAGAUCGAAGAAAUCCAUUGGAAGAUUGAACAGCAGCUUUUGGUUAUCAAAGGGAUCAUGGAUAGAUUCAGUAACUUUUUGGAGAGACACCAUCAGAUCCUGGUUAUACUCAAACUAGAUAAUGACUGGGUAUUCGGACGGGAGGAGACA